GUUCAAUUUGGACAAUAAAAUGAGGUGCAAACUCAAAUUAUCCCAUAAAAGAAUUAGACUCGAAACUGAACCGAUAGGAACCGGUACCGCUGAAUUUAUUUUAGAACUAGUACUGCGAUAUUGUGGUUCUAGUUUUUCAAAAUUUGAAACCCGGGCUGUUCGUUUCCAAGUGUAGUUCAGUUCGGAACAGGGGACACACCUACAGGCCGCGAUGCAAAACUAUAAACUGCAGUAAAACUUUUGCGAAUCGUAGGCUCGCCACAGCAACCUUAGUCCUCGUGACUAAAGUGCUGCUUUACCGGAUAUUUCGCCCCGCCUUAAGGCGGGAAUUCUCUCUUUUUUCACACGCUACACAGCCCAGCAAACCAACUGCUUUUUAGGCAGAGUCGAAACUUCCUAUAAGUUCCCUUCCCAGCAAUCCCAGUCCAUCCCCUACCAUCCUCUGAGCUCGGUAAGCAAUGGAAGACCCUUCACCAACACCAAGACAUGAUGAGAUCAAAGAAAUCCAUAAGAUAUCAGCUGUCAUAUUUGAUUUGGAUGGUACCCUUUUGAACACAGAGCAGGUGACAAAGGCUGUGUUUAAGGAUUUUUUGGCUAAAUUUGGGAAAGUCCCAGAUAGGGAGAAGGAAACUAAAAGGCUGGGGUUGGUUCAGAGAGAGGCUGUCAGUUCCAUAAUCAAAGACUAUGAUCUCCCGCUGACACCUGAUCAGUAUAUAAAGGAUAUCUUACCCUUACAUCUUGGAAACUCUUGGGCGCCUUUUGUGUAGGCUGUGCUUGUGGCCCCAAAAGGAGUUUACAACAAGUUUCCAUAUCCAUGAGAUGGAGACUAAAGUUAUUACUAUUGUGACAAUCUAUGAGGUAAAAGUGGAUAAUUCGAUGUCAUUUGUGUAUCCACUUUAGUCCUUGAAUUGUCCCAAAAGAUGUAAUUUUUCGUCCUUUGUCUCGUACAAACAUUACUAAUCAAACAGUUGAAUGAAAAAAGAUCAAUCAGUGCUUUGUUAAUAGCAGAUUGGAAUUGCAAACAAUUUCUUUCCUUAACUGCAUUCAGCAUAUUUUGUCCUUGAUUCAGAACAAAGCUUCCAGAAAAACACUAUCCCUAUCUGCUAAACAAAUUCGGAUGGUAUCAUGGAUAAUCCAAUAAAAAUCAGUGGUUAUCUGAUAAUUGAUCAAAACUGUAUAUAAGAUAACUUCUUAAUUUGACUAAUAGUGCUCAAACUAAAAUUUCAGUUACAACUGGAAGUUAAUGUUUUCAUGAGAGGAAAUACUCAAUUUGCCACCUUUAUGUUAAUUUAAGGACUAAAAUUGGAUACGUCGACAGUUGAGGGACUGAGUUCAUUAUAUCACCAUAACGAGAAUACGAGAGUACCAAAUAUGAAGAAGAUUAUAUAUGUAGAAUUAAUUAGCACACAACAUAUUUUGAAGUUUUCAAUGAAUUAGCUAAAUUUGCAUUUCACUUAUUUGUCAUGUGGGUUUUUUCUAUCAAGGUAGAUAAUACUGUGUAUAAUUCAUCAUGAAUCUAAUAUGUCUGAAGUAGAUAAAUUUUCAUUCACGGUUGUUGAGCUCUCCUAAUCUCCGUUUUGCCAGCUACAAUUUCCUUAUAACUCUAGCAUUGUAUCACUGGUAUUCUCUUUAGGGUCUGUUUGGAUGAGGAUUUUUGUAGGAAAGACUUUUGAAGGCUUAGUCAUAUAUCUUCACACACAUAUGAUUAUAUCAAAUAUGAAAGAUCAUUAACAUAGUGUAUAAUCGUAGAGCAUUUCAAUCUCCUUUUAUUGGUUUUUAGAAAUAUUUUAAUUAUGAAGGAAUAGACUACAAAUAUUCACUCCAAAUCCGUUUCCUCCAAACCCCUUAAAACUCCUCAUACAAACAGACCCUUUAGAGUGUAUGACUAUCUCUUUGUAUUCCAUGUUCAUGAAAAAGUCCCACAGUUACUGCAUAAAAGAUAUUUAUGGCUUGAUCUUCAUUUUAUCACUUCCUCCAUAGAGAGGAUUGACAUCUGACCGUAACUGAGCAAUGACUCAAUGAGCAUGUGAACUCAAAGCAUAUUUCACCAUACAUGAAGUUCUUUCACUUUUUAAUCAUUCUUUGAGUUUUAUGUUGCCAAAGAUCAACUGUACUUUAGUUUCAUGCAUAUACUGUUCAUUGGAUUGUUACUAUCAACAUAUUUUUUGUAAGGUGGGCGCUAGCUAAACCACUUCCUGGAGCCAACCGCCUUAUGAGUCAUCUCCAUAAGAAAGGAGUUCCAUUUGCACUUGCUUCGAAUUCCGUAAGGAGAAACAUUGAGGGGAAACUCUCGUACCAUGAAGGCUGGAAAGAACGCUUUGCGGUGAUUCUCGGAAGUGACCAAGUUAGAUUAGGGAAACCUGCCCCAGACAUAUUUCGUGAAGCUGCAAAGAGGAUGAACGUAGAUGCAGCAAACUGUCUUGUGAUAGAGGACUCCAUAGUUGGAGUCAAAGCAGCAAAAGCUGCUGGAAUGAAGGUAGUUGCUGUGCCAUCAGUAAAUAUUGGAAUCCAUCAGUUUUCUGUUGCUGAUUAUGUGCUUCAUUCCAUUCUUGAGUUACAGCCUGAAAUUUGGGGUCUUCCACCGUUUGCGGACUUGGUAGAUAAUGUGUUGCCAGUUGAACCCAUUUCUUUCAAAGGCUUCUACAGCAAUGGACUUCUCCAUGAAUCCACAGAUGAUAUGUUGGCUGGUCUGCCUGAUCAAGUUUUCGGGAUUUAUAUGGGAUGGGCAAAAAUCUACUCAAACAAGUUACUUAAGAUUGUUGUCAGCAUUGGAUGGGAAAAUAAUAACUGUAGUUUAGAAAGGCAUAUUAAAGCAUUUUUACCUGAGGGAAAUGAUGAGAAUGUCAAUGAUUGCGAGAUGGAGCUUGUUUUAGUGGGAUAUAUCAGAGGAUCAUAUGGGAAGGAAACAACUUAUGCUCUUGACAUUCUUGAUGAAGACAAAUGUGCAGCAAGAUCUGCUUUUUGCCAACAGGAAUUUUCAGUUGAUGCUUGUAUGUCCUUAUUUCAGCAGAUUAAUGGGUGAACAGAUGAUUUGGAGGACAUCAGAUUCUUAAUGUGUGUUCUUUUACAUGUAUAUACAUAUAGUCUGAUCAUAAGAAGAAGCAUUUUCAGUGUAUUUGUUUUGAACUACCCUCAGUCCCAAAAGAGUGUCAAGGAUAAGGUAUAUGUGAAUAAUGUGAUAAAGCUAUUGAAGCAAAGCAAAUAUAUUUUAAGUUGCAGCAGUAUUUCUUCUAAAUUAAAAAAUUAUACAUUGCAUAGAUUCAUUUUAGAUGGAUGGUAGUCGAUAAUCUGUCCUAAAUAAAUCCCCGCAAUAAUUUUGACACAUAGUUUAAGUAAAGCAAUUUUCAGUCAGCAACUCAACACUUAUUACCCUACCCCCAUGGCCCCAUCACUUAGGAUGUUUUUACUUGGACGGUGUUUAGCCCCAGACCAGAUCAGACUUCAACAGACUAGACCAAACUUCAGCAAACCAGAACAGACCAGACUUACAUAGUUACAAAAUACAUAGAGACUAUACAUUUUACCAGACAAUUCAAACCUGAUAGAUCAGACCGGAUCAAACUAGCAAAUUUCAAUCUAAGUAAAAACAUCCUUAUAGAAACAACUACAAAUCCAUAGCAUAUGUGGAGCCAUUCUUAUUUAAUUUUUAAAUCAUACAGAUUCCUUUGAAAUAGAAAGAAGAACUAAUUUUAAUGUUUGAGUUCUUACUACUUCUGAGUUCUGAAUGAGUCCUUCAUCAUCGUCUUUAGGUUGCUGUUGGAUGAGACACUAAUGUUGUUUGAGGGAGAGAAUGGAAAAUGGCAGAGAACUCGUGCAAGAUAGAGCCUUUUCGGAGGUGAGUGGUGUAAAAAAGACCUCUACUACAAAGCCAGGCUGUUUUACUUGGUAUACUGGCUCAACUCGGGAUGAGCGAAAUCGGCAUCUGGGGGGUACAUAUGUAUCAACUGUUGGUCUCAACUGGGCACACAGUUGGAUAUCCCCAUGCACGGGAUCUGAGAGGAAGGUUCUGAUGAGGUCCCUGCUGAUGGGGGCACCCUCAUCCACAGCAACAAGUGCCUGCUGGGUGAGAUUAUAGUCGAAACAAGGAGCCCAUUUCCUUGACCCCAGAUGUGGCUUUCACUGCCUGUGGCUACAUAUUCAUAUCCAUCAUACAAGAUAUCCAUACACGGAUAAUGUGAAGCAGUAUAUGCAUAAAUUCUGUCUUUCCAUCUUCACUCAAUGAGUUGUACGCAUCCAACAUUCCCUCAUAGUCCGGAUAAUAUGAAGCAGUAUAGCAUUCUUAAUCCGGUUUUCAUGAACGCAUGAAACAUGUUGAAAUGGAUCAGUUUGCUAGCGGGGGACAUUCAAUCUCAGCCCGUUUUCACGUCUAAUCAAGUAGCAAACCUUUUCAGCAAGACUCUUGGGGUGGACCACUUUCAAUUCCAAGCAAGUUGAAUGUUUGGAUUCUUCACAAUUGUUUCCUCAUUAAGAUUCAUUAUCAUUGUGAUAUUGUUUCUUUUUUAUAUUGUUUCCUCAUUAUCAUUAUUUGGUCGUAUUCCCAUCAGAACUCUUUCCCAACUUGUGUAGAGGCUUUGUCCAAACAUCUUUC